AUGGUCCUUCUAUUACAAGCUGCUUUUUUGCCUCGUCUUGUUUAUUUUUUGAGAACAUCCCCUCUGUUGGAUGUUUCGAUCCUCAAUAGUUUCGACGAUCACCUCCGUGACGCAUUCCAGUCCAUCUUCAACAUAAAACUCGAUCAAAAAAAUUGGUUACAGGGGACGCUGCCUAUAUGUGUUGGUGGCCUGGGUUUGGGUUCCGCGGCUGAGCUGGCACCUUCUGCCUUUUUGGCUUCUGCUGCUGCCACGGUGGCCCUCCAGGAUCUGAUGUUGCCUAGGGAUGUGAUUUACGUCGAUAACUUCAGAUUGCAAGUAUACGACAUGUGGCGCGGAGAUGUGGUUGCGCUCGAAAACCCCUCGCAAAAACACUGGAUCGCCCCCUGUCUUAAUAGAUCAGUUGAUCGAUGGCUGCAAUUGAAUGGCUCUGCUUUUGACAAGGCUAGAAUUAUGGCUGAAGACAAGCCAGACAUACGGCUGUCAACGAAUACCUGGUACGAUGUUUUCAAAAGAGCUGGUAUCCCGGUUAUAAAAGAACCCAUGGGUUUGAUAGAGGAAGGAGCCUUUAGGCCUGAUGGUUACACUAUCACCCCAUGGGCCCAGGGACGAAGACCUAAAAUUUUGCUUAAUUUAGAAGAAAUAGUAUUAAUAUGUUCAGCCCAAGAUAAAUUAUCUGAGAUAAUUAGACCCAAAAAUUUUGUACUGUAA